CGAAUCGGCAGCCAUUCAAUUUAAUUCCAUAUCAAUAUCGGUGCAUCGGUCGCGCGUGUGUUAUUAUUAGUAUGGUUUCAUCAUGUCGAGUAACAGUUCACCGUCGCUACGAGGGCUCCUCUCCAAUAACAGGAUCACCUUCGGGCUACUUCCAGGACUCGGCAUCGUGAUAAUACUCCGCAUGGCCAUACAUCUCUACAGACCUGACAUAGAAGACGCUGAAAAUCGUGUCAGAGAUCACCCUUUUGAACAACUCUACGAUACUUAUGACUUCAUCAUAGUUGGUGGAGGAUCUGCUGGAUCAGUCUUAGCCAAUAGGCUGUCUGAGAACCCAAAUUGGAAAGUACUUUUGUUGGAAGCAGGACAAGAUGAGAACGUAUUAUCAGAAGUGCCAGUUUUGUUCCCCGUGCUGCAGACUUCGUCUAUUGAUUGGCAAUUUCUAACUGAACCUAGUGACGCUUACUGUUUGAGUAUGGUGGAUAGGAAGUGCAAGUGGCCUCGUGGUAAAGUGCUUGGUGGUUCCAGUGUGUUAAAUGCUAUGCUGUACAUAAGGGGAAAUAAACGAGACUACGAUAACUGGGAACGUAUGGGGAAUCAAGGAUGGGGAUAUGAUAGUGUAUUGCCUUACUUUCUAAAAGCGGAAGAUAUGAGGAUCCCUGAACAUCAGAACGAUCCAUACCACAGAACUGGUGGUCCUCUGACAGUUGAAUACUUUGCUUACGAACACCCAAUUACAAGAGACAUUUUGAAAGCUGGAGAACAGUUAGGGUACGAGAUCCGCGACGUGAAUGGGGAAUUCCAAACAGGUUUUACGCGGUCCCAAGCGACAGUGCGUGAUGGUCUUCGUUGUAGCACCGCCAAAGCUUAUUUACGGCCGUCAUCAAAAAGAGAGAAUCUCCAUGUUAGUGUGCAUUCGUUAGUGGAAAAAGUGUUGAUAGACGAGCACAAUACUGCGUAUGGAGUUCAAUUUAGGAAACAUGGACAAGAACGUAUCGUGAAGGCGAGUAAAGAAGUUAUAUUAUCUGCUGGGGCGAUACAGUCUCCACAGUUAUUGAUGCUGUCUGGUAUAGGAGACGCGGACCACUUGAAAGACGUUGGAAUACACCCUAUAGUUAAUCUUUUUGGUGUUGGGAAAAAUCUUCAAGACCACAUUGCUAUGGGAGGUCAUUCAUUUCUGUUUGACAACCCCUACAAGAAUGGUACACCUUAUUGUUUUAAUCUACCUGAGGUUUUGACAGUAGCUAGUCUAGUAGACUUUAGUGUUCAUAAGAGUGGUCCGCUGUACAGUAUGAUGGAGGCUGAAGCGAUGGCGUUUGUGAAUACUAAGUACCAAGAUCCGAGUGAAGAUCAUCCUGACAUACAGCUAUUUAUAGCUCCAACGGCUGAUAACUUGGACGGAGGUUGGUUUGGUAAACGAGCGAAUGGAUUAACUGAUGACACUUACGCGGCACUUUAUGAGGACAUACUGUAUGAGUCUUCAUUUUCUAUAGUACCUCUGUUGCUGAGACCAAAAAGCCGUGGGUACUUGAAACUAAGAGAUGGGAAUCCCAACUCACCCCCGCUGAUUUACCCCAACUAUUUCAGUGACCCACAAGACAUCAAUGUUUUGAUCGAAGGCGCUCGAAUAGUUCAAGAGAUUGUGAAUCAACCAGCUUUAAAGGAACUGAAUGCUCGACCAAACCCUCGUCGGAACCCUGGGUGUGCUGGCCACGAGCUGAUGUCCAAAGAACACUUGGAAUGUCAGGCGAGGCAUCACUCCCUCACGAUAUACCAUCCAGUUGGCACCUGUGCUAUGGGACCAGCUGAAGAUCCUGGAGCUGUUGUUGAUUCAAGAUUAAAGGUAUACGGAAUCAAUAAACUUCGAGUAGUCGACGGCAGUAUAAUGCCAACAAUUGUGAGCGGCAAUACCAACGCACCCAUCAUUAUGAUAGCGGAGAAAGCAGCUGACAUGAUCAAAGAAGAUUGGAACGAGGUUAUCCUACAACCAACACACACUAGUAGACCAGACCCGGCUUACCAGCAAAACAUGAAGCCAGGAAAUGAUGAACCAACAAAGAUCCAGCUGAAAACAUCGCCAGACUUGUUUAACGAAACAAAAAGUAUAUUUCCAUCCCUUUUUAGCUAUCCAGAAAGAAGACGGGAAUAUGGCAUUGGCACCCAAAUUGCAACUCAAUCUUAUACAACUGAAAAGCGUUUAUUGCCUGCACUGUCGAAAACAUGGCCUCGGAAAAUUGCACGUCCUGAUUUAAGAACUCGUCCACAGAAUCCUCUAAGGAACUAUUUGUAUGGUCGUCCUAGAGGGAGAUUUAAUCCAUAUUAUCCGCAAAAUAUCCCUAAUUAUGGUGCAAACUACGGAUUACCACGUCCUUCACUCCCUUAUCCAAGAACAAGUGACCAGCUACACAAGAACUUACGUUCAGAACCGAAAUAUUUGUAUUUUUAUGGUGGCGAUAAGACUAAUUAUUAUGGGAAGGGAGAAGCCCCAGAAGUAAAUGUAGCUGAUGAGAGGAAAAAAUGCAAGCUAUGGCUAUAUUAUAACGGUGAAAAGUAUGAAGUAGAUUAUUGAGUAGUUCUUAUAUUAU